GGAACAACAUUCUUGAACGCUACCCGAUCAAAGCAGUAUCUUACAACGCCUAACUAUGGCAAAUCCAACUAUCCUCCAAACAUGGAUUGCUAUUAUGUGGUGAAGGCAGAUACAGAGGAUAGGAUUUUGAUUGAGGUACUGGAUGUGGACAUGGAAGCUCAGCUUUUUCGAUCUUGCCUCGACUUCUGUUUUGGAAGAGCAGAGAGUCAGGUGGAAGGAGGGGCAACACACUCUGUACGAAAUUCAGCUUCACCAUUCAUGUAUACUUUGGUAUUCAGAAAACUGUUAAUAAUCUCUCGAGGAACCUAUGAGGAAUCAUUUCAUAUGGCGCAGUUCUAA